AUGGGGCGCAAGCGGGAUGAGGAGGAGAUGACCAUGUGGCCGGUGCAGAUCGGCAACGAGGAGGCACGGCACGAAGAGGUGGUGAGUUCGAUGGAGGUAGGGGCGCUGGCGAAGGUGGAUCAUGACAUCGAGAAGGGCUUCUUGAAGUCCGAGUCCAUCGAGCCCAGCCGAAGCGUCUUAGGGGCCGCUGCGAUGCUCGCGCGGAUGUUCUAUCGGGACGCCUCGUUGGGCCGACGUGCGGUGGUGCUGAGCAUUUCAGUGUUUGCUUUGCUGUUGCUGGAGAUCGGCGCGGUGCUCUACUAUAGCGGCGUGCAGAAGAACUACAUGACGGCACUGCAGGAGAAGAACGUCGAAGCUUUCUAUCAUGGUCUUUGGAUGGUGGCUGCGGUGAUCGUGUUCAUCAGCCCCAUCAUCGCCUUGCAUGAGUAUACCUCAGGCUUGCUGAAGGUGACCUUUAGAGAAUCCUUAACCCGACGCUUCUGUGGCAUCUACUUGGCGGCGCCCGGUUACGCCGAAGGCGCGCCCUUCUACAGGUUAACGAUCACCGGAGAGAUUGAUAACCCUGACCAGCGAAUUUGCCAGGACGUGUCCGAUUUCGUGGGCAUCGCCGUCCAUUUGGUGCAAGAUGUUGUGAGGACCUUCUUGAACAUCUUCGGCUUCGCCACGGUCUUGUAUUCGAUCUCCCCAGCCGCCUGCUUUGGCGUGUUGAUCUACUCCGUCACCGGCACGUUGAUCGCCACCAGAGGUUUUGGACCUUGGAUCGGCUUCUAUCAGCUGCAGCGAGUCAAGCAGGAAGCCAACCUGCGCUAUGACCUGAUUCGCGUUCGCGAGAAUGCGGAGUCGGUGGCCUUCUUCGAGGGCGGUACUGCUGAGUGGUCCAAGUUUAGCACGCUCUUCAACGACUUGCUGACCACGGUGUACCGAAGCGUCGUGGUCGCCUCGGGCUUCGGGAUGUUCAAUCGGUCCUUCCACUGGGCCACCUUUGCCAUUCCGGCGCUGCUGGUGGGACCAGCCUACUUGAGGGGGGAGGUGCAGUUCGGUGUGAUCUCGCAGGCCAGCAUGGCUUUCAACAUCAUCCUCGGUGCUCUGACGCUCAUCAUGGACAAGCUUGAAUCCCUGACGGACGUGGCCGUGCGCAUUCGCCGUCUGGAGGACUUGGAGCUCGCCUUAAGGCGCUGCAAGAACGAGUCCAUCCAGCGGCGUUCGCUUGGGGGAAGCUUCAGCAUCGCCUCCAGUGAGGUCGUAGGCGCCGAUGAACUCCUGCGCUUUCGGGAGGUCACACUGCGCACGCCUCCACGGCAAGGGAUGCUGCAACAGACACUGUGCCAGGAGCUUUCCAUGGAGCUGAAGGAUGGUCAGUCACUACUGAUCGUGGGGGAGAGCGGUAUCGGUAAGAGCUCCCUGCUGCGCGCCGCCGCGGGGCUCUGGGCCGAUGGCUGUGGUGAGGUCCAGCUGUGUCAGCGGCGCACGGUCUUCUUUAUGCCUCAGAAACCAUACAUGUUCCUGGGCACGCUGAAGGAUCAGCUUCUUUACCCUAAUGUCCAGGACAGCUUGUUGGGUGACGUGGACAUCCAACAGGCCUUGAAACAGGUGAACUUACAUCACCUCUUAGAGCAGCACAAUCUGAAUGAAUCGAAGGAGUGGUCCAGCCUGUUGUCUCUGGGGCAACAGCAGCGCAUCAACUUUGCGCGGGUGUUGCUGCGGCCAGAGACGCGCGUGGCGCUGAUUGAUGAAGGCACUUCCGCGUGCGAUCCGGGGAAUGAAGCUUUGCUUUAUGGAUUGCUGCGAGAACGGCUCAGCGGCUAUGUCUCUGUAGGCCAUCGACCCGCCCUGCAGCAGUUCCAUAGCCAUGUGUUGUACUUGCACCGGCCGGGGGAGCUUUCGCACGAGCCAACUCGUAUCGAUUUCAUGACCAUGGAGGACCGGGAGCUGACCGAGCAGAAACUCGAGAUCCGCGGGUCGUUGACCAACUGGAACCCAAAGCUGCGGGUCUCGGUUCCGAACGAGACGUUGCGGUCUCCUCCCUCGCGAGCGAAACUGGGUUUGCUGAAGAACCAUGGCCAGCUCAUUGGCUACAGCAGAUUCCUCACCCAGGCCGCAGCGACCUACGCCAGCAGUGCGGCAGUACUGGAGACCUGUUUCGAAGGGGAGGGACGUUCCCGACUAAAGCAGCUGGACAGCGAUGGCCGGGACGGAGUAGUCAUCGUGCAGAGCAUGAUGAACGGAGCCAUUGGCCUGGUGGUCUACCAGUACAUGGAUAGCUUAGGAGGUGGCAACCUGGACUUCGACCUCGAAAGUGUGGGCAAUACCAGUGCAACGUGCCUCACCAAGUGGUUGCGGAGGAAUGAUAUCACAUCUUGGGCGGAGGCUGAUACUUGGGAUAGAUGGUUCAGGUAUCAAGCCGAUGCGGACACCUACGUGGCACUGCACACGUGUGAUCCAUACCCCACCCUGAAUGAGACCUGUGCGACUUUGCGUGUGCCAGUCUAUGAAUUCGAUAGCAAGCUGGGAUACCCCUUGGGACCUGGUGAAAAGCCAAGCUUCAACAAUGACCUACUGUAUGCCUUUGCAUACACCUUCUUGGCCCUGGGGAUAUUGAACCUGAUCGGCUUCGCUGUUCAUGAUCUCACCCUCCUUUCCAGGAGGAACCAGAACUACAUCCUUGACUUGCCGGCCUUCAAUCAAGGCUUUCCCUACUUCAAGAAGUUUGCCAUGCUAUCAGGCAUCCCCAUUUUGCCAAAGCUCUUCUCGAUCGAGGGCACCGGGCGAACGCUAGCGAUUGCCAUAGGCAUCAUUUUGGCUCCGUUCAUCGUGGUUUGGGCCAUCCUCUUUUUGGUGGUGAUCAUCACGCCUUGCAUGGUGCUCCUAUUCUUUCGAUAUCCAGUGCGCUUGAGCCGCUUCGCGGUCUUCCUCACCUUGUUGGCCACCUCGAUCUUUGGGCUUACCAUGACCAUCAUCCCGUUGGUGUACCUGGGGAAUCUCAAUGAGAGGCCACGCUAUGCGUUAGUCUACCAAAUCCAGAACUAUUCACCCGGAGAAUGUUACUGCGGCUGCUCCUACUUCAUCAACGCUGCCAGCCUGAUCCGCAUCUCCGCCAUCGGGGCUGGUGUGACCUUCAGCAGCUGUUUGAGUGCCUUCCGAUGCCUCAAGGGCCUGAGAAGGGCACAAUGGGCCAACCUCAUGUCUGUUUUGUUCCCGGUGCCGGUCACCGUGUAUUCCGUCUUUUGGACCACGCCGAAUGGUGAUCCCAUUCAGCACCGCAAGGAGGGAGAGCCAGUCCAAAGUGAGAUGGCUUUCGACCCCUUCGCGCUUAUGGAUGAGCAACCCGAGAGUCGAUAUACGACAGUGACCCUGAAACCGGAGUUUGCCUAUGAUGUGGAUGCAGCUGGACGGUGGAAGCCACUGGGGGACCGUGUGAUGGAUGGUCCCAAGCUGCCUGAGUUGAAGAAGGGUGAGUUCUUCAAGCGUCCUGGGCUGCCGGACUUCGGGGACAUUCGCCGGGGUCGGAUUUGGAGAGUUGGACUUUGGAAGAAUUGGACUGGGGGACCUGGCAGAAGAUUCCAAAAGGACAAAAGGAUCCCGAAAGGAUAACUCAAACAAACAGUUUGUUAAUGGAACCCACAGUUGGUUCUUAUUCCGUUUGGGUUUCUUGGCUGUCUUCUUCGUUUGGAACUCCCACCCCAUGUGAGAGUUCCACCACAUGUGUUUCAAGUUGCAGGAGUCUUGGCACGCACGGACCGAUCCAGGGUCACAUGAUCGAGGAUCCAGGACCGAUCCC